AUGCCCAUACACCACCUCAUGGUCGGCACCUGGACGCCUCCGGGUGCCAUCUUUACCUUUGCCUUUGACGACGAGAAGCUCACCCUCGAGCUCGUCAAGCGGACCGAGAUCCCCCAGGACGAGCCCAUCUCUUGGAUGACCUUUGACCACAACAAGAAGAACAUCUAUGGCGCGGCCAUGAAGAAGUGGAACAGCUUUGCGGUCAAGAGUCCCACAGAUAUUGUCCAUGAGGCGUCACAUCCCAUGAACCACGACCCACAAGCCAGCCUGGCGACGACCAACACGCGCGCCAUCUUCCUCCUCUCGGCCAAGAAGCCCCCCUACAAUGUCUACUGCAACCCGUUCUACAAGCAUGCGGGCCACGGCGCCGUCUUUGCCGUCUCGGACACGGGCAAGCUCGAGACCAACACGCAAAACUACGAGUACGAGCCCGGCACCGCCAUCCACGGCAUGGUCUUCGACCCGACAGAGACGUACCUGUACUCGGCCGACAUGUACCGGAACAAGAUCUGGGUGCACAAGAAGCGUUCUCCGGGGUCCACGACGGACGGAGACCUCGAGCUCGUGGGCGCGGUCGAGUGUCCUUCGCCCAAGGACCACCCGCGCUGGGUCGCCAUGCACCCGACGGGCAACUACCUGUACGCGCUCAUGGAGUCCGGCAACCGCCUGUGCGAGUAUGUCAUCGACCCGGCCACGCACCUGCCAGUGUACACGCACCACUCCUUCCCCCUGAUCCCGCCGGGCAUCCCCGGAGCGGACAAGGGCUUGUUCAGGAGCGACGUCUGCGCCGUGUCGUUUUCGGGCAAACACCUCUUCGCCUCGGCGCGCUCCAACAGCUUCGACGUGCAAGGCUACGUCACGGCGUUCCGCCUGCGCGAUGUCGGGUCCAUUGAGAAGCAGCUGUUUCUGAACCCGACACCUACGAGCGGCGGGCAUAGUAAUGCCGUCAGCCCGUCGGACUGGACGGACGAGUGGGUUGCCAUCACGGACGACCAAGAGGGCUGGCUCGAGAUCUACCGGUGGAAGGAUGAGUUCCUCGGCAGGGUGGCCAGGGUCAGGGUGCCUGAGCCUGGUUUCGGCAUGAAUGCAAUCUGGUAUGACUAG